AUGUUUCGUUCUAGUCCCGUAUCGGGAAGCAGGUACGUGUCUCCAGUCCGGCCCGAGCCGCGCGGCGGAAAGGACGGCGGCAGCGACAUCGACGAAGGCGACUCCGUCCACGACGAAGCUUCCUCGCUGCUUCGCUCGGACGCGAGGCCGUUUCCUACGCCCGUCGGUGCUGCUGGGGGCAUUUUCGGCGGUUUUGAGGCGCCUCAAGACUCGUCUGUAGACGACUCUUCCCCCCCGCUCCCUCCUCGGCCCCCUCUCCCCCUCUCCCCCACCCCCCGCCCUCUUGUGGCUGCUGCUGUUGCUCUGCCAUCACUCUCUGAGAUGACAGUGCAGGAGACGGUGGGGCAGAUGAUGAGAGGCAGCAGUAGCCAGUGCAGGAGAAGUGCCAUCACUGGCGGAGAUGGCAGUGGAGGAGAAGGUGGGGCAGAUGAUGCAGAUAGACGAACGGGCGCCGAGCCUAUAGCUGCUGCUGCUGGUACAUGUCUCUUGCGCCCCUCCCGUUGCUCUCCCCCACUACCCCUCCCCCUCUAUGCCAGUGCCAUCACUGGCGGAGAUGACAGUGCAGGAGAAGGUGGGGCAGAUGAUGCAGAUAGACGAGCGGGCGCCAGGGCUGCUGAUUCACGACUCAUGCGCCCUUCUCUUCCCCGUUCCCCUCUACUCUCCGUGUACCUCUCUCCCCUCUUCCCCUCUUCAACCAAACCCAGUGCCAUCACUGGCGGAGAUGACAGUGGAGGAGAAGGUGGGGCAGAUGAUGCAGAUAGACGAGCGAGUAGGGCUGCUACUGCUGCCGCUGGUACAUGGCUCAUGCGCCCCUCUCUCCGCCUUUCCCCUCUUCGACCACAUGCAGUGCCGUCACUCUCCGAUAUGACAGUGGAGGAGAAGGUGGGGCAGAUGAUGCAGAUAGAUGAACGGGCGCUGGGAUACGGAGACAACAUCACAGUGUACCAUAUUGGAUCAGUUCUUAGUGGGGGAGGGGCAUGGCCGCAGUACGCCCCCAACACCCCAACAGCAUGGGCGGACAUGGUUGAUAACUUCCAAGCCAAGGCGCUCAACACGCGGCUGCGGGUGCCACUGCUGUACGGGGUGGACGCGGUGCACGGGCACAACAACGUGCAGGGGGCGACGAUUUUCCCGCACCACGUGGGACUGGGGGCAGCUGGGAAUGCAACCCUGGUAGAAGAGAUCGCUGCUGCUGUCGCCAAGGAAGUGGCAGCAACAGGUGUGCGGUGGACGUUCGCCCCUGCCGUCACCGUGUGUCUCGACCCUCGCUGGGGCCGCUGCUACGAGAGCUACGGGGCGGAUCCAGGGCUUGUAACGGAGCUUGCUAUAGCGGAGAUACGCGGAUGGAUGGCGGGGAACUUUCCAGGAAACGUCUUCAUGGCGCCAACAGCAAAGCACUACGUGGGGGAUGGGGGCACGAGGGGAGGCGUGGACCGGGGGGAGACGGUAGGGGGGGAGGCGGUGCUGAGGAAGGUGCAUCUGCUGCCAUACGUGGCGGCUGUAGCGGAGGGCGUGUCGACCAUCAUGGCCAGUUACAGCAGCUGGAACGGCACCAAGAUGCACGGCAAUGGCUAUCUCCUGACGGACGUGCUUCGCAAGGAGCUGGGCUUUGUGGGUCUCAUGGUGUCGGACUGGGAGGCGCUCAAGGAACUUCCGGGAAGUCACGAGGAUCAGGUCGCCCUGGGUGUCAACUCAGGCCUCGAUAUGAUCAUGGUUCCCAACGACUUCGCCAAUUUCUCAGCCACCCUCACCUCUCUAGUCAACUCGGGGCGCGUUCCCAUGUCGCGGAUCGACGAGGCCGUGUCGCGCGUUCUCUCGCUUAAACACUCCCUAGGUCUGUUUGACAAGGACUUGGUGUGUGCGCGCCACUCCUCCUCCUUCUUCUCCUCCACUUCCUCCUCGCUCUCCGCCCGCUUCCUCCCAUUUUUCGGCUGCCCAGAGCACCGCCAACUUGCCCGAAAAGCUGUAGCAGCCUCGCUGGUUCUUCUACAGGACAAGUGGAGGAGAGGGGGGACCGGAAGCGGGUACAACGCUGCCGUCUGGGGCCGGGGCAGGAAGAAAAUGUUUCCGCUGCCCGUGGACGGGGCGAAAAUCGUUGUUGCGGGCAGCCACGCGAAUGACAUUGGGAGGCAGUGUGGGGGAUGGACUAUCACAUGGCAGGGGGAAGAGGGUCCUAUCACCAAAGGCACUACUAUUUGGCAAGGGCUCAAAGAGCUAGUUGCCGGCCGAGCGGCAAGCCUAACCUAUAUCGGCUACCCGCCUGAAGACGACCGUUAUGAGAACGGGACGAGGAAAAGGCCGCUCGAAGCCACCGGGGAGGCGGCAGCAGUGUGGGCGAAGCGGGCGAGGAGUGUAGAAGCCGACCUUGGGAUUAUAGUUGUAGGGGAGCCGCCUUAUGCCGAGUACAAGGGGGAUGAUCAGCAGCUGGAGUUGAGCGGCCCUGCCCGGUCGACAAUUUUCGGGAUUUGCGGGCGGAUCCCAUGCGUUGUGGUGGUGGUUUCCGGGCGGCCACUAAAUGUUACAGGCAUGUUACCGCACCUGGAUGCGUUAAUAGCAGCGUGGUUACCCGGGUCCGAAGGAGGGGGUGUAGCCGACGUGUUAUUUGAUGACACGAUGGAUUUCAACGGGAAAUUACCCUUGCCGUGGUUCCGUUCGGUACCAGGGAGGGAGGCGAUGGGGCACCAUAGGGAGGGGAGAGACUUGCAGCCCGACCACUCCCCUGGGCUUAACCCCCCGUUGUUCCCCAUGGGGUUUGGCCUGAGUAAGACUGGUGAUCGGAUAGGUAUCAUACCACGCAGGGAGGAGAAGGGGCAGCAUCAGGAGUGGCGGACCAGCAUUGGGACGGGAGGUGGUAGCAUAGGAUAG